AUGCAAAAGUACGAACAAAUGAUAGGAUCUGCGAAGGACAAUUUUGCCGAUAUUCCAAUAGGAAAAGGCCCUCUCGAAGAGUGCACGAUCUGUUGUAAAUCGAGCGAUAUAUUCGGACUGGGGACGUGCCGUCAUCCUAUCUGUAUAGAAUGUGCAAUUCGAAUGAGAGUUCUGUCGAGCAGUAACCAGUGCCCUGUAUGUAGAGCGACCAUGGAAACGUUAUGGUUGAUGUUUGUAUCGGCUGGGUUGGGUACAGCAUCUCUCAGUUUCUCGUCGUUGGAAUCAUCCGGACGAGAAACGAUUUGCCAUUCAAUUUCAAAAUGCGGAUGUUUUGAAACGUUACGAGAAGUAUCUGUCUCAUGUGUGCAAAAUUUGGAAAAGAAUGCAUUAAUACUCGGGCGCCCUUCCAACGGCACCAUUUCGUACCGAGAUAGAGACGUGCAAAAGCUUGAAAGGACACCCUUCCUGUCUCUUCUGCGAUCAACGGUUCUUCGACGAGGAAUUCCGGUACCGACAUCUUCGAAAAGAGCAUUUCUUCUGCCAGUUUUCGGUCACGCUGAGUUAUUGGACCAUUACAAGGAGAAGCACUUUUUAUGCGAUUUCGAGGAAUGCAGAGCCAUGGGAAUUGCUUUCUCUAAUCAAAUGGACCUCAAUCUGCACAAAUCAAAGGAACAUAGUGGUCGUCGCGCCCCUGUAGCAAUUGACUUUCAAUUCAAUGAUCGCCAGUUGGCAGGACCUUCACGAACCAGACGAGAAGGUCCACCAAGUGCUCCAGCCGCUCCAUUAGCGCGACGUGACAAGAUAGCCGUUGUCCAGCAAGAUCCGCCCCCACCACCAAAGCGGACACCUGAAGAAUUCGUUGUCGUACCGUCAGCACAAAGCAGAACCAGGACCGUUCGUUAUAACGUUGCACCGGCAUUUGUCCCUCAAACGCAGGACUUCCCAAGCUUGGGAAAUUCAACUCCAGAUCAGGCUUCAAAUGUAAGCAGUAGCUCUUUUGAACAUUCACACCACGUCUGCGUUCAUGCUUUGCGAAGGGAGGGUCCGCGAUUCGGGGAACAUUUAAUUUGCCGGUGCGCCCAAUCAAUCGAUACUCGGCUACUCCCUAGUCGCCAAUGUUUCGGAGUUGAAUCGCACAUCUCCCUGAAUUGA